CCGCCGCGAUGAUGUCCCAGUCCCUCAGAGCUUCCCGCUCCCUCUUCGCCCGCGUCUCUCGGCAACAGGUUUCUUCUGUGUCUCGCCGCACUUUCCUGACCUCCGCUGUCCGUCAGGCCGACGCCGUCCAGGAGCUCUACCUCCGUGAACUCCGUGCCUACAAGCCCACCCCCAUCAAGGCCAGCGACGCCGACGCUCACGUCCAGAAGUUCUCUCCCCCCGCGGCCCCCCAGUCCCCCGAGGAGGCCAGCCUCGCCAAUGAGCUGAAGGACUACGAGAGCCAGGAGGUCGAGGUUGAGGGCCAGGCCGCCGCCGGCGAGGCCGCCCCCGUCGAGGAGAGCUGGUUUGUGGAGGAGGAGGAGGAGACCCCCGCUGCCCACUAGGUUUUUUCUUGUCUCGACGACAAAGAUUUAGGGAAAGUCCGGGCUAAUAGACAAUGGGGAUGGACUGACGUUGAUAUCACCUGUUGCUCGAGUCCUGCAGUGACGUUGUAAAUUAAACCUACCUUGGAGCACAUGAAGUUUCUUUUUUUCCCCCUUAAGCCCUCUCUGGAACAUGGCAUGCAUUUCCGUGGUCGGAAGG